AGGUUGCGCAGCAAGGUUUGCGAGUGGAUGGCCUUGAAACACGAGGCUGUGCACCCUCUUCAAGGCUUCGUCUGCGGCUUUGGCCCUCUCCCAUCUUUGGUUUCACCCUGGCUGGAUGGAGGGAAUCUCACACGCUACCUAAAAGCACAUCCAGAUCUGAGUCUAGAUCGAAGGCUCCAACUGCUCCAGCGGAUUGCGGAAGGAAUGCAUUACCUACAUUCACAAAGGAUCCUGCAUGGAGAUUUGAACGGGGGCAAUAUCCUCCUUGACACUCAAGGAAACCCAUACAUCACGGAUUAUGGUUUGUUGCCAUUGAUCCUGGAAUUCAGGAUUUCGCCCUACAUUUCCACGCCCGUGGGGCGGGCUGUACGGUGGGUUGCGCCAGACCUCUUCCAGACUCCACCAGGUGAAGAUGGUGCGAAAAACAACUUCACAUUCGAAGGCGACGUAUACUCGUUUGGUAGUCUGAUGCUUCAGGUUCUCACUGGCCAGGUUCCAUACCAUUAUAUCGAGCGUGACGAACAAGUUGUUUACACUAUCGCCCAAGGCUUACGUCCCCGUCGUCCGUCAUCCCAGGAUAUUGCAGACGAGCAUUGGAAUUUCAUUCAAACAUGCUGGGCAGCUAAUCCCGCAGAUCGCCCCUCUGCUGAGGAACUGGUAUCGUUCCUCCGCCGUCAGCACACGACAUGAGUAAUCUUUACGAAUUUGUUCAUUUGUUCGCGCUUGGUAUUCCACUUAAUCCCCUUUAGCAUUGUGUUAUUCCCCAUGUAACCCUGUGGUCAUGAGAUUAUGGGGCAUACGCUUCGAUUUGAGUAAGCUAUUUGUUAUACCAGGAGACAGCUGUAAAAUGGUUCACUCGGAAGGAUCUUGAUGGACGCCGAAAAGACCUGGUUUCUGUUAAGAACAUUCUGUGAG